GGUUACGUGAUCAUCAAUAAUCAUGAGCAACCCAUUCACCCGCAUUGCUGAGCCAUUAGACCCUGCACAACCGGGAAAGAAAUUCUUCAAUUUGAACAAAUUAGAAGACUCAAGAUAUGGACGCUUACCGUUCUCUAUCAGAGUUCUCCUGGAGGCAGCUGUUCGGAACUGUGAUGAGUUUUUGGUCAAGAAAAAUGACAUUGAAAAUAUCCUAAACUGGAAUGUCAUGCAGCAUAAGAACAUCGAAGUGCCAUUUAAACCUGCCCGUGUCAUCCUGCAGGACUUUACGGGUGUGCCGGCCGUGGUUGACUUCGCUGCGAUGCGGGACGCUGUGAAAAAGUUAGGUGGCGAUCCGGAGAAAAUCAACCCGGUGUGCCCCGCUGACCUUGUAAUCGAUCACUCCAUCCAGGUGGAUUUCCACAGAAGGGCAGACAGUUUGCAGAAGAAUCAAGACCUAGAAUUUGAAAGAAAUAGAGAACGAUUUGAAUUUUUAAAGUGGGGUUCCCAGGCUUUUCGGAACAUGAGGAUAAUCCCCCCUGGCUCGGGAAUCAUCCACCAGGUGAACUUGGAAUACUUGGCAAGAGUGGUGUUUGAUCAAGACGGGUAUUAUUAUCCAGACAGCCUCGUAGGCACAGAUUCACACACAACCAUGAUUGAUGGUCUGGGCGUUCUCGGCUGGGGUGUAGGUGGUAUCGAAGCUGAAGCUGUCAUGCUGGGUCAGCCAAUCAGCAUGGUGCUUCCCCAGGUGAUUGGCUACAAGCUGAUGGGCAACCCCCACCCUCUGGUAACAUCCACCGACAUCGUGCUCACCAUUACCAAGCAUCUCCGCCAAGUUGGAGUCGUGGGCAAAUUCGUGGAGUUCUUCGGACCAGGGGUGGCCCAGUUAUCCAUUGCUGACCGAGCAACCAUUGCUAAUAUGUGUCCAGAGUAUGGCGCCACCGCGGCCUUUUUCCCGGUUGACGAAGUUAGCAUCAAGUACCUGAUGCAGACAGGUCGUGAUGAAGCAAAAGUAAAACAUAUUCAAAAGUACCUCCAGGCUGUAGGAAUGUUCCGGGAUUUCAGUGACUCCGCACAGGACCCAGACUUCUCCGAGAUAGUGGAAUUAAAUUUGAAGACUGUCGUACCCUGCUGCAGUGGACCCAAAAGGCCUCAGGACAAAGUCGCCGUGUCUGACAUGAAAAAGGACUUUGAGAGCUGUCUUGGCGCUAAGCAAGGGUUUAAAGGAUUCCACGUCCCUCCAGACCGUCACAAUGACCAUCAGACCUUUAUCUACAAUAACAGUGAAUUCACACUUGCUCACGGUUCCGUGGUCAUCGCUGCCAUCACGAGCUGUACAAACACCAGUAACCCUUCGGUGAUGUUAGGAGCGGGACUGCUAGCCAAGAAGGCUGUGGACGCCGGCCUGAACGUGAAGCCUUACAUCAAAACCAGCCUGUCCCCUGGAAGUGGGGUGGUCACCUACUACCUGAGAGAAAGCGGAGUCAUGCCUUACUUGUCUCAGCUUGGGUUUGACGUGGUGGGCUAUGGCUGUAUGACCUGCAUUGGCAACAGUGGGCCUUUGCCUGAGUCUGUGGUAAAAGCCAUCACACAGGGAGACCUUGUAGCUGUCGGGGUGCUGUCAGGGAACAGGAAUUUUGAAGGUCGGGUUCAUCCCAACACCCGGGCCAACUAUUUAGCCUCCCCGCCAUUAGUAAUAGCAUAUGCAAUUGCUGGAACCAUCAGGAUCGACUUUGAGAAAGAGCCACUGGGUGUAAAUGCAAAGGGACAACAGGUCUUUCUGAAAGACAUCUGGCCCACCCGAGACGAGAUCCAGGCGGUGGAGCGGCAGUAUGUCAUCCCCGGCAUGUUUAAGGAGGUCUACCAGAAAAUAGAGACUGUGAAUGAAAGUUGGAACACCUUGGCAGCCCCCUCAGAUAAGCUGUAUUUUUGGAAUCCUAAAUCUACCUACAUCAAAUCACCACCAUUCUUUGAAAACCUGACUUUGCAUCUCCAGCCCCCUAAGUCUAUAGUAGAUGCCUAUGUGCUCUUAAAUUUGGGAGACUCGGUAACAACUGACCAUAUCUCCCCAGCUGGAAAUAUUGCAAGAAACAGCCCUGCUGCUCGCUACCUCACUACCCGAGGCCUAACUCCACGAGAGUUCAACUCCUACGGCUCCCGCCAAGGUAACGACGCCAUCAUGGCACGGGGGACGUUUGCCAACAUCCGCUUGCUCAACAAAUUUUUGAACAAGCAGGCGCCACAGACCAUACAUCUGCCUUCUGGAGAAAUUGUGAGUAUCGCCGCUGCGGCUUCCAGAAAGCAGCAUUGUCAGGCUCUGCGAGGGGGGACUGCAUGUGUGUGUGGUUAUUUGCCUUGUGCUUUUCAUUUUUCUUCACAACCCUGACCUACUUAUGGCUUC